AUGUGGCCGACAAUAUCACCGAUAAAUGCUGCAGCCAGGAGUGCAGCCCAGCAGCUUGGAGAGCAGUGUCUGGCUGAAAAUGGAAUAAUCAAAUCAGAAAAAGUAUUUGAUGUAAUGUUGGCCACAGACCGUUGCCACUAUGCAAAAUGCAACCCUUAUAUGGAUUCUCCUCAGUCAAUAGGUUUUCAAGCAACAAUCAGUGCUCCACAUAUGCAUGCAUACGCCCUAGAACUUUUAUCUGAACAGUUGCAUGAAGGAGCCAAAGCCCUUGAUGUUGGAUCUGGAAGUGGAAUUCUUACGGCAUGCUUUGCACGAAUGGUUGGUCCCAAAGGGCGAGUUGUAGGAAUUGAUCAUAUUAAAGAACUAGUAGAUGACUCAAUAAAUAAUGUCAAAAAGGAUGAUCCUACAUUGCUGUCUUCAGGAAGAGUGAAACUGAUUGUGGGAGAUGGAAGAAUGGGACACACAGAAGAAGCUCCCUAUGAUGCUAUUCAUGUAGGAGCUGCAGCACCAGUUGUGCCCCAAGCACUUAUAGACCAAUUAAAACCUGGCGGAAGAUUGAUAUUACCAGUUGGUCCUGCAGGGGGAAACCAGAUGUUGGAACAGUAUGACAAACUAGAAGAUGGCAGUGUCAAAAUGAAGCCUCUGAUGGGAGUUAUAUAUGUGCCUUUAACAGAUAAGGAGAAGCAAUGGUCCAGGGAUGAAUUGUAAAAGCUACAUCAUCUUGACCCAAACAUAGUGUUACAGUGGACUGCUCAUCUCCAGUUCUAAAAGCUUUUUGAAAACCAACAGCAUUGCAGCUUGUUUUGGACUUUGUUAUACUGUUAUCAGCAUGGAAAAGCGUGGUGUUUUGUUUUAUUUUAUUCUUUUAGAGGCUCAAGGCAAAUCUGGGAAAGAAAUGGUAGAAAGUUUAAAUAAAUGCAGGCAAGGUUUGGUUUUUUCUUAACAUGCCUUUAUUUUGCUUUCAUAUGUUCAAAGAAAUGGAUUUCUGCAAAAAUGCAGCCAGAGACCCACAAUUUGCAAACUCCUGUGUUUGAUGGGGGGCGCUUGAACACUUACUUCAUCUCUGUGUUCCUUGGUAAAACAGCUUCUGUGCACCUUAUGACACUACAUAAACAAUAUCAAGUUUUCUGUGUUCAGAUGUCUGCUAGAUGCUACUAAAAAUGAACUUCCUUUUUAAAGCUUUUGGUGUGGUGUCAUAGACUAGCAUGUAGUAGAUACAAUCAGCUGCUUUAUUACCUUUAAAACCAGGCAUUUGUAUAUAUUAAACUUCAAGACAUCAGAGAUUACAGCUCUUAUAAAAACUGCUGUUCAGGUGGGACAUAACUAACAUAGCUUUUGCCUUCCUCCUAGAAUAAUUAACGGAAACUUGAAGCCCAGUAUUGCUUUGUAGCUCACUGCUGGUGGGAUGUAUUUGAAUUUAAUAUAACAAAUGCUGCGUAAGCUAUGUCCUAAUCACUGAACAGUUUAUGCAGUGCUGCUUUGCCAAAUAAAGUUCAAAGCAAAAAAAGGGUUUUUGUGUGCUUUUUGUGUGGAAGAACAGGAUCGGUGUGUAUGUUAAAUAUAAUUGUGUGAGGUGCAGAUCUCUCUACUCCAGUAAAAUUAACAUCCAUAUUGGUUAAUUUGACACAAAAAUCUCUGCUGUAUUAAUUUUCUUAUUUUUUCCACUGACAGGCAAUCAUGGAAAAAUUCUGGGUUCAUUUUAGAAAGUGAACUGAACCUUUGAGCAGUAAUUCAUAGAUUCUGAAGAACUGAUGUUGGGGAGAAGCAUCAACCAAAUACACAUAUAGCUGUAAACAUAACAAACAUCCAUUUAAAAGAGUUGGGAAGUUGUAAGCCUUCUUCCACCCCAAACUUUGUGGUCUGUUUCUUUCUGAUAUUGUUAAUGUUUGGAAACCCCAAAAUAGUGUAAGAACUGUAUAGCUCUUGGACUGCUAAAGGGAAGUGUGGUGCUCUUUCAAUUUCUGGUCACUAGAGCCUGAAUGGUAAAAUUCCUGUGUACUACUGCGCUCCUUGCUCUUUUAAUUGUGAGUAGAGCUAAUAGCCAGAAAAAAAAUUUCUGCAAAAGUGGUUCAGAGUGAUCCUUGUUCCUUCAUCCUGCUUUUGAUAGAACAGCAAUAUUUUGUGAUAGAAUUAAGCAGUGAAAGCAUGAAGGGAAUAAUUAAAGGUCUCUGUGAAAGGAGAAUGUCUGAAUGACCUUUAUGUGAAGGUCAAUUCCAUCCUUCUCCAAUGUCCAGUGUAUUUACUUAAAAUGUAUAACCUCAUUUAUUUAGACAUUUGUGAGGUUAAUAUGCCUCCUUAUAAUCUAAUUGAAGCCUGGGAGCACAUAUACAAAGGUUAAUCUUAUAAAAGAGAUUAAUAUUUCAUAUUAAGGAGUUGCUCAAUUUUCGUGUUUAUCCUAGAAAAUCUACUUGCAUCCGACAUGUCAGAUUUAUAUGAACUCACAAACAACUGUGAAUCUAGUUCUUAGUGUUAAAGUGAAAUAUCUUAAAUGAUGCAUGCUAAUGUUAAGCCUUUUGAUCACUGUAUCAUUCUUCUUGAGUUCAGCUUUAUUUCCAUCUUUUCACUAAUCGGUUACAUGAAGAAUAAGAACUCAAAUGCAUCCAAAUUCUUGUCUCUAGACACUAAAGUGUGACAAAUUAGCCUAAGUUGGAAGAGGUGAUAGACCUGACAACAUGGUGGAUAUUUUCUUUGUAGAAGAAAUGCAUUUCAGGAGCUGUAAGACUUCUGGGACCAAGGCAUUGGGGUUGUUAUGCCUGUUCCACAGGAGGGCUCAAUGCUGAUCCUGCUGCUCAUAUAGUAGGAUCUUUCAUCUGAACUUGGGGUAGCACUGAGAAUCUAAAAGUAAGACCCCUCUGCAACGCAGCAAUGCUUUUGGAGUUAAAGAUUUGUUGGGAGGAAGAGGAGAAGAGUUGAAAUGCAGAGGGUUUGAAGAGUGUGAAUAAAUGCUGUGUGAACUAUCUGAAAUGCUACUUUGCCAAAUAAAACAAAGUGAGGAACCUG